AUGGGACAACAAGUGACAAGGACUGGAGUCGGUGGAGGACAGCAGGUGGCAAGGGCUGGCGGGGCCGUGGGACAGCAUGUAGCACGUGGCGGGGGCGCGGUGGGACAGCAGGUUGCACGGGCUGCGGGGGGAGCAGAGCGGACGUUGGAGACGGGUGUUGGGAGGGGUGGGAGUGGAGGACGGGGCGUAGGAGGUGGAAAUCGAGUGGAAGGGCGGGGGCCUGUGCGGAGCUUGCCUCCUCCAUCUGUGAGGCUGGGUGAUGCGGCGGGGGCAGUGGGACAGGGUGAGGGGGAGGGGGACGUGCAGUGGGAGUUGGAGCUGGCCGAGAUAGAGGCUGGACGGAAGUUGGGGAUGCUGCGCGUGGCGCUGGGCGAGGCGGAGGACGCGGAGACGUGCCGGAUUCUGGCGAUGGCGAUGGUGGAGCUGGUGAGGCUGGUGCGGAUUGCUCGGGAGGCUCGGGCGGCGGCAGUUCGUGUGAAACGGUCGGCCUAA